AUGAUAGAGUUUGCCAUCAACAACUCGGUGCAUGCGUCCACGACACAUACACCGUUUUACGUGAAUGGCUUGCGCCAUCCGCGUGCACCCACCUUACCAGAGUGUAACUCUGGUUUAAGGGGGGGAGGGACUGGCGCGAGCAAAAACCGAUUUGGUUCACGCUCAUCACGCUCUGACGAAGAAGUCAUUGCGUUUGAUGCCGAUAUCGAUAACAUCGAUAUCGAAGAAGAUGAUGCCAGUGAGAGUGCGGAAGCCCUCACUGAAGACAAUGAUCCCAGUGAGAGUGCGGAAGCCCUCACUGAAGAAAAGGUUGAUGUUGCUGCAGUGCGCUCACAGCACACUGAAGCUAACGAGUCAUCAGAUGAGUUCAUACUGGCUCGUGAAACGGUAGUCCGUUUUGUGCAAGACUCCAUCGCCGAAGCGGUGACUUAG